AUGUCCUUUCUAUCAAAUGUCCAGGUGAUUUCUUUCAAGACGACUUCAAUUCCUUCAAAUAUUUCUCUUUGUCGGGCUUACCAAUUAGACACAUCUCUCAUUCUGGCAUCUAUCUAUCUAUCUAUCUAUCUAUCUAUCUAUCUAUCUAUCGAUAAUUCUCUAUCUAUCUAUCUAUCUAUCUAUCUAUCUAUCUCUCUAUCUAUCUAUCUAUCUAUCUAUCUAUCUAUUUCGAUUUGCACAGUUUCUCUCUAUAUAUAUAUAUCUAUCAAUUUCGAUUUGCACAGUCUCUCUCUCUAUCUUUCUAUCUAUCACGUACUUUUCACUCCAUUUUUUUUUUUUUACUUCUCAUCAUCUUAUUUAUUUUAUUUGUUUUUUUUUCGUUUUCCUUUGCUAUUGCCUACUCUUUCUUAUUUUCUGGCUCCUCCUACAUUUCUUGCUCACCCUCCUCCUUCUUUUUUGCUCCUCCUCCUCCUUCUUUUUUUGCUCACCUUCCUUCUUUUCUUGCUCAUCCUCCUCCUUCUUUUUUUGCUCACCUUUCUUUUUAUUUUCUUGCUCGUCCUCCUCGUCCUUUACUUGCUCGUCCUUCUCGUCCUUUUCUUGCUCUUCCUUCUCGUCCUUUUCUUGCUCCUCCUCCUUCUCAUUUUCUUGCUCCUCCUCCUCAUUUUCUUGCUCCACGUCAUUCUUCUUUUUUUUUUCUCCUUCGACAUUCUAUUCAACUCCUCCUCCUCCUUCUUCUUAUACUUUUCUAACUACUCCUCCUCCUCACUUUUAUUCCACUCCUUAUUCUUUUCUUGCUCCUCCUCCACCUUCUUCUUCCUUCUUUGCUGUUCCUUCUUCUUUUUCCUUUCUUGCUGCUUCUCCUCAUUUUCUUGCUCCUCCUCCUUUACUCGUUUUCCUUCUUCUUCUUCUUCCUUUCUUGCUCCUCCUUUUCUUGCCCCGAGAUUCUUCACCCUUUUUUCUUGGUUCUUCUUUUGCUUCUUUUCUUGCUACUCCUGCUUCUACUUUUUAUUCCUCCUCAUCCUCUUUCUAUUCAUUCUACGCCUACUUUUCGUCAUACAAUCCUCCUCCUCCUAUUCCUCUUCUUCUUCUAGUCCUCCUUUGAAUACUUCUAGUCUCCCUACCUAUUUUGUUUCGUCCUCCUCCUACCUACUUCUUAUCUUGAUUCUCUCUCUCCUUCAUCUUCUAGCAUCCUCUCCUGAUAUUCUACCAGAGACGAGGGACCACUACAUAGUGGUUUGUCCAACAAGAAGAUUUCAUUUUAUACAACUCUCUGGUCGGCGGCUGUGUCUGGGCAAAACAUUUGCUGGUUCCUUCCAUAUUAUCCGUAUACAUUGGAACUGGAAGAGAUUUACAAUACUUUACGAGGAUAACGACGGAUUAAUACGACUUCAGGAAGUGUUGAACGCCGCCAGCAAAUAUAAGUUUGAGAUCUCUGUUCGCAAACUCCAGUUGCGGGAUGGCAAAUAUAUAUCACAGCUUAAAGAGAUUAAAGAACAAGGCGAAAAUCGGCUGAUUGUCGACUGUAACAACAACACAAUAUACCAAUUGUUGAAACAGGCGUUGCAAGUGACCAUGCUUUCAAAUAGUUAUCACUUCAUGUUCACAACGUUGGAUCUACCUCUAAUCGACCUCGAGGAGUUUAAAUACGGAGGAGUUAAUAUAACAGCCAUCAGGCUAAUUGACUCUCUGCGUCCUCAAGUGUCUGAGGUGACUCAGGAUUGGAUUAUGGAGGAAAAGCGUACUGGUAAUUCGCCUAUCAAGGGUUACAAAGCCGAAAUUCCAACUGAGACUGCACUUAUGUAUGAUGCUGUGAUUCUGUUUGCCAAAGGCCUCCACCAAGUGGCGGGGGCACGUGAUAUCAACACCAUGUCACUUUCCUGCACGAAGCAAAAUACCUGGACCCACGGAAACAGUCUGCUGAAUUACAUGAAAACUGUCGUCUUUGAUGGUUUGUCUGGAAAGAUAAUGUUUGAUUCAAACGGAGAGCGGUCUGACUUUUCAGUGAAUGUGUUGAAGCUGAAAGAGACUGGAUUGACAAAGAUUGGCACAUGGACCACCAAAUAUGGCGUGAACAUGACAGAAAGUCCGAUCGAGAAUAAGAAGGAAAUAGAAAAAAAGCUAUCCAAUUCUACAUUGAGAGUUGUAACGAAACUGGAACUUCCUUAUGUUGGAAAUAAAACCAACUUGGAUGGAACCGUGGAAUAUGAAGGUUUUGCUAUCGAUCUUCUGAAUGCCAUCGCAGAAGAACUACAUUUUAACUACACCAUCACCAUCGUUAAAGACGGGCAAUAUGGUGGUGAGGACCCAAAAACUGGAAAAUGGAAUGGAAUGGUCGGAGAACUCAUAGAUCAAAAAGCGGAUUUGGCCGUAGCUGGAAUGUCCAUCACUUACAAACGUGAGAAGGUCAUUGAUUUUACAAAACCGUUCUUAAACCUGGGUAUAACGAUUCUCUAUAAAAGGCCGCACAAAAAGCCACCGAAAUUGUUCUCCUUUCUUUCACCUCUGACCUCAGAGGUAUGGGUAUACAUCAUUGCAGCCUAUCUUGUGGUCAGCUUCAUGCUCUACAUAAUAGCCCGGUUGAGUCCCUACGAAUGGUUUCUUCUCUUAUUGUCUCUGAUUUUCUUUUUACAUUUUUCCUUCUUUUUUUUUCUUUACCUUGGGAUAUGUUCUCUUAUACUCACUCUUUCUUUGUUUACUCCUUUCCUUCUUUUUCUUUUAUACGUCGAGACUUGUUUUCCUAUUCUCUCUCUUUAUCUCUUUACACGUUUCUUUCUUCCCUUUUAUAAAUCGAGGCUUGUCCUUCAUUCUAUUUCUCUGUUUAAAUCUUUCCUUCUUCCCUUUUUAUACGUUGAGGCUUGUUCUAUUAUUCUCUUUCAUUUUCUUUUUUCUUUCAUUUCAUUAUUUUCGCAUUCUUUCGUUCAUUUUGUAAUUUCCUUCCUUUUUAAUGGUUAUGGCUCUUACUUUUGUUUUCUUCUCUUUCUAUGCGUUACCGUUUCCUUCUUUCAGAUCAUUGUUUCGUUUUCCAAUUCCGUAUCUUCACUUUGCUUCCACGUUUCUUUCUUUUUUCAUUCUUUCUUUCAUUUUUUUCUUUCUUUCUACACUAUUUUCACUAUUCUUACAUACAUCAUUCUUCGUAUUCCCUCUUUUCUUUUUCUUUUUAAUUCGCUUUUUAUACUUUACCUUUUUCGUAUUUGUUUUGUCCUUUUUUACGAUUAUAAUACACAAUUUCUUUUCGCCUCUUCCUCUGCUUCUUCGCCAGACAUACGGGAACACAUCAGCUUGACGCAGAAAAACGUAAAAUCUUAUAUCUCUUGUGUGCUUCUUAUCUAUCUAUCUAUCUAUCUAUCUAUCUAUCUAUCUAUCUAUCUAUCUAUCUAUCUAUCUAUCUCUCUCUAUAUAUAUAUAUAUAUAUACAUAUAUAUAUAUAUAUAUAUAUAUAUAUUGAUUCUCUCUUUUUGUCUUCUUUUAUCCUUUUUCAUUAAUUGGUUUCUUCUUUCUUUUUUUUUUCACUACAUUCUGCUUUCCUCUUUUCUUCCUUUUUUUUCUAACCACGUUUUCUUUUCUUCUUUUUUAGCUUUCAGAAUUUUUUCAUAUUAUUUCUUUCAUUGUUUCUUAUUCUUCUUUUUCUUUUUACUGUUUCCCCUAAUUUUUUCUUUCUCUUUUCAUCUUCCUUUUCUCCUUUGCAUAUUUUUUAUUUUACUUUCCCUUUUUUCAUAUUUAUUUUUUCUUCCUCUUAUUUUUCAUUUCACUUUCUUUUCUUUCUUCUUCUUCUUCUUCUUCUUCUUAUUAUUAUUAUUAUUAUUAUUAUUAUUAUUAUUAUUAUUAUUAUUAUUAUUGUUUCCUACUUCUUUACUCUUAUAUCUUAUGGUGUUCCGGGUGUGUGUGUCAUUUGGUUUGCCAUUUCUUUCUUCCCAUUUCCCUUUUCAAAAACACAAUCAAACGUUCGAAUUUCUUACUUUUCCUCACGCCUUUUUGUCUCAUCAUUAUUUUCUUUCAUCCUGUUUUUUAUCGUUUAUAGUCGAUCAUUACUCGGUUAUACUCACCUUAUUUAUGGCUUUUGGUUUUAUUUUUUUGCCGUUCAUUUUGAUGCUUUCUUUCCCCCUCCUUUCUUAA